AUUCCCCUCUUAACCUCGACAUCGAAAGGUUGAAGUUGAUGGAGGAAAAGCGCUUCUCCAUGGUCCGCGCGCUAAAAUAAGCAGACACGUUCAACCAAAUUAUCACCCUCUCGUUUCCUCCCCUUCCUCUUGGCCCCCAAAAUUCUGUUUCAAAAUCCUAACUCUCAAUCAACCAACCAACCCAAACUUCCACGACAUGGAACCCCCGAAGCCCGAAACCGAGCCCGAAGCCCACGCCCCCAACGGCCACUCCACCGCCCCCAGUGAUGGAUCGGGAUCGGAACAGCGCACUCGGAAGGAACGCACCGCAUCGUCCGGUAGCACGAAAAAGUCCGUGCACUGGAGCCCCGAAUUAGUUACAGAAUCCACCUUCACGUCUUCCCCUCGCGAAUCGCGCUCCAAUCCAUACUUUUCCAACUCCUCUUCUUUCUCUCAAUCCCCCUCCCCCUCCUUCAUGGAGACGGUGGUGACCGUUCGCAAUGUGCUCGGAAGAUGGGGUCAGAAGGUGGGAGAGGCUACUAAGAAGGCUGAGAGUCUCGCUGGGAACACGUGGCAGCACUUGAAAACAAGUCCUAGCUUUACUGAAGCUGCUAUGGGGAGAAUUGCCCAGGGAACAAAGGUCCUGGCAGAAGGUGGAUAUGAGAAGAUUUUCCUGAAUACAUUUGAGACAGGUCCAGAGGAACGGCUCAAGAAUUCUUUUGCAUGUUAUCUAUCCACGUCAGCUGGUCCAGUAAUGGGAAUUCUGUAUAUAUCCACGGCAAAGAUUGCAUAUUCUAGUGACAAUCCUAUUUCCUAUAGAACUGAGAGCCAAAUGGAAUGGAGCUAUUAUAAGGUAGUCAUUCCAUUACACGAGCUAAAAUCAGUGAAUCCUUCAUCAAACACGACCAAUCCUGCUGAAAAGUACAUCCAGGUGAUCUCGGUAGACAAUCAUGAAUUUUGGUUUAUGGGCUUCUUGAACUACGAUGGUGCUGUGGAGUCUCUGGAAGAAGCUCUUCAAGCUGGCAAACAUAUACAAUCAGAAGCAUAGUCUGUUCAAAUGGCCCAAAGAAAAAUUAUAGUCUGUUCAUACGCUAUAGAGUUUCAAACCCCAAAUAUAUUGCACUUAUCACAAAAGUUUGUAGAUUGAUCAUUGUGCUCUUGGAAUUGUUGAUAAAAUAUAUCAAGCUAAUUUUGUCAAUUUUGUGGAUAGAAUUUACCGUAGGAUCGCACCUUGGAUCAUUUAAGGGGGGAUUCAUCAGAAUAGUUUUGAAAAGUUUGUGUUGA